UGGUUUCCGACGCUUUACUUAUGAUUAUUGUGUAGUUUUCAAAAAUUUCCAUCUGCCAAUGGCCACUGUAUAAUCACAGCGUCUGCGCUCCCAGUCCAUCCACCUUUCCUGAGCACGUCGAAUUAAACUGCCCACUAGCGCUGACUACCGAUUACUUGCUCUUCGCGGGCAGAACGUAUCGCACACAUGGGGAAGCGCUGCCGCCAACCGCAUAGUGAACGCAUUCGUCAGAUGAUUUGUGUGUGUAAAACAAAGGAUAUGCGCUAGUGGCAAUUGACAACAAAGACAGCCGAGACUAAACACCUCUACUUCUGUUACGAUUACUACUUCCGUGGUGGCUUUUUAUUCAAGGAUAACAGCUCAGGCAUAUGGCCGUCAUGGUGAUCAACGGUUUGUCACUCGCUUCAAAUGCGCGAAUUCGCAAUGAACAGCCGUGGGACUCUGGCGGCAGUCGUCAAGGAUAAGUUGGCCUUAUUAGCCUGCUGUUAAAUGUUGAAUAAAGAGACACGAAUAUUGGUGGGAUGGAGAUUCGAAUCAAAAAUCGUAAGAAAUAUUAACAAAGAUGCGUGUAGAACAAGUAGACUAGAACAGAUGAGCCGGAAUCAGGGAGGUACGGAUACAUGGGUGGAGUUAUAACGAUUUUAGCCCGCCAAGAUCCUUUGAUACGUGUCCGAUUAAACACACAUAGAACAUGACAUGGAACAUAGGCCUCGAUCCUAAUCCGGUCUCAGUCUUGCCUUCUUUUUCUCUAAUAAGAUAAAUGGACGACCUGGUCCGCUGUUGGAAGCGACCUGCCAGUCGUGACCUUGUGGUCACUCGACAAAGCGUUGUUAAGUACUAGGCCGCCAAUAUCAACGUGCGUUAUUUUUUAUAAUUAUCAGUCCCGCAAUCGCAAAUAUCACGGCCUAAUCGCGUGUUGAAGUUCGACACCAAGAGUGACUGUGGAUCUGUGCGCUUUGUAGUGUGAGGAUACUGCGGAUUUAGAAGUCGGCGAACUGCAAAAAGACAAAUCUAGAUUAGUUGCUGUGUUUGGUAGUCCGACGGCUGCUUAGUGUGGCUUGCUGAUGAUUAACGGGACGCUACUUGUCGGUCAGCUUAGCCAAACCCGCUGGGUUUACCUUUGUAGCUCGCGGUAAAUGCAGCAAAUCGGGUGCUUGGGAACGGCCUCUAACACGAGGCAGUAUCAAUAAUGGAGCACGAUAUUCAACCCCAAGCGUGACGGACGGACGGGCUGUAACGUGAUGGAGCUGGACUCUGAUGACCUCGAAUCAAUCGAGUCUCAAAUAGCCGAAAUUGAUGGUCAUAUGGAAAGACUUCGUGAGCGGCGAGAAGAACUAGCUAAACGUCGAGAACGACUUCGCGGAGAAUUGGCAGCUCGCGAGAAUGACCUGCCUGUCGAUCAGUUCCUUGGUGGCAAUUUUCCGUGGACAACUAAAAUCCGCUCACUGCUUCAUAAAAAGUUCGGCUAUCAGAACUUUCGUGGUCUCCAAGAAGCAGCCCUUAAUGCAUUACUCUCGGGGAACGACUGUACAGUAGUGAUGCCAGCAGGGUCUGGCAAAUCCUUGAUCUAUCAACUUGCUGCUAUGCAUUUGCGAGGUCUCGUCUUCGUUGUGACACCGCUUACCUCGCUGAUGGAGGAUCAACUCAUGUCAAUUUCCGCCAGGGAUCCGACUUUUCCCGCAUUUGGCGUGCACAUCAACCUUUCGAAAGAAGACCUAAACCAUGUCAUUGUGCGUAUGUCCUUCCAACAGGCGCAGGCACCUAAAGAUAAGAUGUUACUUUUUGUUACACCGGACAAGAUCAACAAGAGCAAACAGUUCAUGGCUAAAGUGAGCAAAGCUUACGACAAGAAGAUGCUAGCACUAAUUGUCAUCGACGAGGCACAGUGUUGCGCAUCGCAGGGACACGAUUUCCGAAGUGAUUACCAAGCAUUAUCAACAAUGCGGGCUAGCUACCCUGGGGUUCCAAUGCUAUUAUUGACUUCGACAGCGAGUAAGCCGAUUCUAUUCGAUAUGGCCUGUGCACUGAACCUAGAAAAACGUGUACUGCUACGACAAGAUCUCGAUAUGUCAAACAUCGCUUACGAGGUGAACUUCAUCGAAUCAGGCCGACAAAACGUAAUUGGCGAAAUAGCCAGAAUGAUUCAGGACAAGUACCCAAACGAAGCUGGCAUGGUGUGCUGUUUCUCAGUAAAAGAUGCUGAGGACGUGGCAACGGUGCUGGUCAAGGAUUAUAGUAUUAAAGCGAAACCGUAUCACCACCAACUCAAGAUGGAGUACCGAAGUAAAGUGCACAAACAAUGGGCCAGCGGAAAGAUACAAAUCAUUGUUGCGACUACAGCUUUUGGCAUGGGCAUCCAUAAAAGUGAUUGUCGCUUUGUAGUACACUAUUCGAUAUCAAAGAGUUUACAGAACUACUAUAUAGAGAGUGGCCGCGCUGGACGUGAUGGACGACCUGCUCAAGCCUACUGUAUGUUCAAAUUUCAAGAUGUGUUCCGUCUCUCUUCUCUUGUAUUUUCUGAUAAAAGUGGCCUGCGUUAUCUCUAUCGAAUGAUCAGAUUCUGCCUAGACAAAGACACGUGUCGACGGCAGCUUCUUCGGGAAACCCUGACCGAGGGGUUCGCCGACGAACCGAUUCGGUGCAGGAAUGAGGAAGCCAUGUGUGACAAUUGCCGGAACCCAGUUAAGGUUCAGAUCCUCGACGUAACCGAACAUAUCAAGUUGUUUUCGACGAUUUUUGAAGAGCAGUCCGCGCAGGGCCAGCGUGUCACUGGCUGGAAGUUGAUGGACCUCUUCAGGAAACGUCUGAACAAGGAGAACGCUCCGUACAUCGUUAGGGAGCAUGUCGGUCAUCUAAUUGCAUGGGCCCUUUGCGAAGGUUACUUGGAAGAAAAGUUCCACUUUACGCCAUAUUCGACCAUAUCACAUUUGGCUGAAGGCCCUCGGCUAAAGCGACUUUUGGAUGGUAGGGAAACUGCUGAAUUCAAAGUAUACACCAACGUAAAGCGUCAAGCAGAAGCUGUCAUCAUCGACGGUGAAGAAGGGCCGACCAGCAAAGUAGCUAAACUCAAUCUGCCGCAGGGCAAUAACGAUGAGAUCCAGUUCUGCUCUGAUCAGGAUCCGCAGGAGAUUCAGCAACGGUCAACAAUUCCAAUCAAGAACCAGCAGCAGCAAAGCCAGUCCAGUACUCAUCAAGAGCCGGCUGGCCAACCUGUACAGAUUGAUAGACAACACCAACAGCAGCUUCUGCUUCAGCAACAGCUGCAGCAACUGCAACAGUCGAUGCAAGUGGUUCGCCAUGUCGUUCAGCCGCAGCCCAUGACUCAAGGAAUUCAACGAGUUCUGCAACAACCACAAAUUCAACAGGUCGUCGUCCAUGUCGUUCAACAACCCGUACCUGAGCAGCAGGCACCACCAAUGGACCAACUCGCAGCUGCUGUACAACAGGCACUUCAAUAAUUUAGUAUGUUGGCCGCAAAAAGACCAACUGAGAUUGGUCGGUGAUUGUCUGUAAUCCGGGUUACAUCGGUUAGAUGAUCGUGGCAGGCCAUAAAACGGAAAUGAUAUAUUUCAUAUAGGGUAGAAUUUGUAUUCUGGGAGAUUUGUGAAGUAAGAAUGUGCUUGUUCUGUCGAAUUGUCGUUGUGUAACAAAACGUUAUAAAGAAUCGAAUUGUAGGAAUAACUACCCGUAGGGAAUAAACAAAGAGGAUACAGAGAUAAUUUAAAACUGCAUGUAGGCGGUCACCGAGAUCGUUUCAGACAAGUUGCUUCACAAACGAUUUACUAUAUCCGAUAUACCGUUGUAUUAAAAAAAUAAUGAACUAUACUCUAGUUGUAGAUACUCAUGUACAUAUUACUUGUAACUAUAUGCAAAACGAAAUACAAGACUAUUACUUUGUUUUGUACAAUCCAAUAAAUAAAUAGCAGUUAAAGGCUUCCUAUAGUCA